GAAAGAAAGAAAGAAAAAAAAAAAAGGGAAAGUGAAUGAUACAUACUCGUAGGAGUCGUAGAGUAGUAGAAAGUAAAAAGCAAAGGCUAAGAGUCGAACACCCGAACCUAGAAGAAGGUCUCUUUCUGCAGCCACAAAACCCUCCGCAAACCCCCACCAUCAUCGCACCUCUUUCUCUCUCAUCCCCCAACAAUGGCGGCUGCUCGCAGUGCAAUCUUGAAGUACAUGAGGCUUCCAGUUAGACCUCUCGCCCAAAACCCUUCCAUUUCAUCUUCCUUCAACUCACUCUUCUCUCGCCGCCAUUUUUCCGAUGAGGUACGAGGUUCUUUCCUCGACAAGUCCGAGGUUGCUGAUCGUGUCAUUACCGUCGUCAAGAACUUCCAGAAAGUUGACCCUUCCAAGGUUACUCCCAAUGCACACUUCCAAAAUGAUCUUGGGCUUGAUAGUUUGGAUUCUGUUGAAAUUGUGAUGGCUCUUGAAGAAGAAUUUCGCUUUGAGAUUCCAGACAACGAAGCAGACAAGAUCAACUCCAUCAAUAUGGCAGUUGACUUCAUUGCAUCUCACCCUCAGGCAAAAUAGAUGGAGAGUUUGAGGGCCCUUUUUCUUUGCUCUCUGGUUUUAUAUGGAUAUUGCUUUAGAAAAUAUUUAGGGCUGUUCUUUCACUUUUAAACAAUUUAAUGUGCUUGUCAUACCCUCUUAAACUUGAGGUGGUCUUUUCCCCCUUGUCCAAAUACAUUAUUGUUGCAUUUUACGUUUGUGAUUCUUGUAUUUGGAGACCAUUUUUGCAAGGCCGGUGUUACAAUGGUAUCAUUCCGCCAAGAGUUUAGAAUAAUUGUUGUACAUCUUGAACAAGGUAAUAAUCGACUUUUUGUUCAUGCUUUGUUAUGUUAUUCUUAAUUUAA